UCUUCAUCCUACCCCUCCUCUUUCUUUCCUCGUCUUCCCUCCCCUGUUUCUUGUUCUUGUCGGAAAUCACGGAGUCGGUUUGCGGAUCAGUUCUGUAACUCUGCUUUGUGUCUUUUGUCUGCCUUUUUUCUCUUCCUCUAUUUCUUAUAUUCUCCGCCUUCUGAGAGUUAUAGCCUGCUAUCUUACGCCCUGUUCUCACGCAUACAACUUUGUCGUGCCGCGCCUGAGCAACGCUAUUGAUCUCCUCGCCCUCGACCGUCCUGCGAUACUCAUUUCUCGAGGUUACUCCCGUUUGAUACUGCAUUGUCUGGAGUCAAGUACUCUUUCACCAAGUGCUCAACGAACGUACGACACGCUCCUUGACGACCUCAACGAAUUACCCGGCCAUUUACGCGUCAAAAAGUUUCCCUGGGAUUUCUGUUUCUCAUUUAAAACUUAAGCCAGCUCUAUCAAUCGUAUUUUUACCGACGUCCGAAACCAACUCAAAAUGUCCUUUCAGAACUUCGAUUCUUUCCAAAACCAGCACCCAGCGGCUGACGCAGCCGCUACGGCUCCGGGCGCUCCAGCUACCGCUGACACUACCAUGACUGGACAGGCAGACCCUUCGACCGCCCCAUUCCAGGGUCCAGCCCCGGGUGAGGGUGCUCCUGCUGUUGCUCAGCAGGGAAACGAGGGCAAAACCACUCUUUGGAUGGGCGAGCUUGAGCCUUGGAUCGACGAGAACUUCGUCCGCAAUCUUUGGUUCCAGAUGGGCGAGCAGGUCAAUGUGAAGAUGAUCCGUGACAAGUUCUCUGGUAGGAGCAAUGCCGGUUACUGUUUCGUUGAUUUUGCCAGCCCCGCCGCUGCAGCCAAGGCUCUGUCUCUGAACGGCACCCCAAUGCCGAACACUAACCGUCUCUUCAAACUGAACUGGGCCACUGGUGGUGGUCUUGCUGACCGUAGCCGUGAUGACCGUGGCCCUGAGUACUCCAUCUUCGUCGGUGACCUGGGCCCCGAGGUUAACGAAUAUGUCCUCGUUUCUCUCUUCCAGAGCCGCUUCCCGUCCUGCAAGUCCGCCAAAAUCAUGACUGACCCAAUCAGCGGCAUGUCGCGCGGUUAUGGAUUCGUUCGUUUCUCUGAUGAGAACGAUCAGCAGCGUGCGCUAAGCGAGAUGCAAGGGGUUUACUGCGGCAACCGUCCAAUGCGCAUCUCCACUGCUACCCCGAAGAACAAGGGUCCCGGCGUUGUUCCUGGCGGUAUGGGCAUGCCCGGUCCUGCUGGCAUGUAUCCUCCCAUGGGUGCUCCCCCAAUGGGCUUUUAUGGCGCCCCCCAGCCAAUGAAUCAGUUUACCGACCCCAACAACACGACUGUCUUCGUUGGCGGUCUCUCUGGAUACGUCACCGAGGAUGAACUCCGCUCAUUCUUCCAAGGUUUCGGCGAAAUCACCUACGUCAAGAUUCCUCCUGGAAAGGGAUGCGGUUUCGUCCAAUUCGUUCAGCGUCAUGCCGCAGAGAUGGCCAUCAAUCAGAUGCAGGGCUACCCCAUCGGUAAUUCACGUGUGCGUUUGAGCUGGGGCCGCUCGCAGAACAACUCUGGCCCUGCUGGCAGUCCUUAUCGGCCCGCUCCUCCCCCGCCUCCCAUGUACCUCCCUCCUCAACAUCAGUACGGCGGCUUCGCCCCUAUGAAGUGAAAGUUUAGCGUCUCUUCGGGUGAGAUGGAGCAACAGGAGCUCGCUUCGCUUUAAAAUAUGGGUCUUUCAUUUAUACAGUUUCAGCUUUGGGACGGUUUUCCUUUAUGGUUCUUGAUGGACCCCAAUCUCCUGUUCUUAUGUGCGUGAUGUGUGCAGUGCUUCCAUCUUUAACAUUACCUGAGUUUUUAUCGCACCUGCUUCUGCAACCUUUCGAAUUUCUCACCUCAAUUUCCUUGCCCCUGAAAGCAAAUCCGUAUGUACUGCCAUCUUCCAACAUCUUUUCUAGCUGUGUCUACCCCCUUCCAAUUCCCUCUUCGAGUUUUCUGCUGUUACAUUCAAAUCUUAGCUUCAUUCCUCGUAUGUCUUCAAUCUGAUGCGCAUUGUUCUUGUGCUUUUCUGUACUCCAUGGGAAGGCAGUCUGCAAAAAAAGUUUGCUCUGAGGGUGGCAUGAAGGUAAUAAUCGAAUUUCUCUUUCAGUUUCGUGAUGCUGAAUAAUGCUUUCUGUUCCUAGAUUGCCUGUACACCACUGCCUUGUUCGCAUCGUCUGUUCUAUGUUAUGUUGUUCGGGGUCAGUCUGGAUUGCCUGCUCUCGCUAUUGCACAUGGAUCAAUGCUUGCGGGUCUUCACUAGCCUGUAACUGCUGGGUUUGACGGCACUAUUUUUGUCUGUGCUUGCUUUCGGAGUUCCGGUUGAUCGCAUACCGUGUGCUGACCUGUCAAUGCUGUUGGACGUAUGUCGAGCACUUACUGAGCAAAGUG